AUGAUUCAAUCAUUAGAUAGUAGUACUAUUAGGCGUAUUUCCAGUGGACAAGUUAUAACCAGAGUUGAGGACGUGGUAAAAGAGCUUAUCGAGAAUUCUAUUGACGCACAAGCAACUUCAAUAGAAGUGAGGCUGGUUGGAGACGGACUUACUUCCAUUGUGGUCAAAGACAAUGGAUUGGGGAUUCCAGAAAGUGAUAGACCAGCGAUGGCAUUGAGGUAUCAUACUUCAAAAUUAGAGGAUUUUGGUGGAUUGAAUAAAGUAGAAACAUAUGGAUUCAGAGGCGAAGCCCUCAAUUCAAUUUGUGCUAUAUCUGAGUCUACACAAAUAACUACAAAAACCUCUAAAGAUCCAGUAGCUAUAAAUUAUUCGCUUGAUCGAACGGGGAAAAUUGUAGAUUCAAAACCAGUUGGAAUUACUGAAGGAACAACUGUUGUCGUUAUGAUGCUGUUUUCUCACGUGCCAGUUCGUAGACAAACUGCUCAAAAGAAUUCACCAAAAGUUGGGAAAGCGGUACAAAACCUUUUAACAACUUAUGCCCUUGCACACCCAAAUAUUCGCUUUUUUCUCAAAUUAAUAUAUGACAAUGCUGCAAAGUUAAAUUUUAAAUCUGGUGAAUGGAUUCUUCCAUCAAUGAAAAGUCAGAUGCAAUUGUUGAAUGAACUUUAUGGUGUUGAAUUCACAAACAACGUUGAAUUUUUUGUCUGGGAUACAGAUAAAGAGACUUCUUCUUUAGAAAUAGAAAAUGAGAAUUAUGACAUAUUAGAUGGACCAAAUGAUACAAAAAGUAAAAUUGUAAUUGAAGCCAUAUUACCAAAGCCAGAUGCGAAACCACCCGUUAUUUUUAAGAAUAGUCAAAGUUUCAUUUAUGUUAAUAAUCGUCCAGUGAUUGCAACCAGAGGAGAAAUAAAAAAUAUUGUAUCCAUGAUAAAAUCAACCUACACAGAAAUUGCGUGUAAACAUGGUUGGACUGCAAAUAAAAAGACUCCAUUUAUGUGGAUAAAUAUUAGGUUACCAACUUAUGAUUAUGAUAUUAAUGUUGAGCCAAGCAAAAAUGUCGCAUUUUUUCAUAAAGGUGAACGAAUCUUAAGUGCAGUCGAAAAUUUGUUGACUAAUGUUUAUGGUAGCUGCCGAACUGUCUCAUUAGAAAAAGAGUAUAGUGUUGGAAAAGUUCCAAAUACUGGUCUUGCAGAUUCAUCAUCUACCAAUCUUAAUUUGUCACCAAUUUCUUCGGAAUUACUCUACUUAUCGUCUAACGAACCACCAUUAGCUGACGAUAUAGUAGAUGAUUCGCCAUCCGUUUAUCAACGAUCACCAGCGCAAAACGAUCCCGAAUUAAUUCUCUUAGAUGCAGAUGAUCCAAAUGAGCCGUUAUCUAAAAACCAGGUUGUUUCUGAUAAACGAAAGGGAAAGAUAACAGAUCAUGGGUCAACUACAUCACAAAUGUCAGACCAGGUCACGAAGAAAGCGAAUAAAGAAAAAAGAAAUGAUGGUAAAGCAUCUCGAUCACUUGAAGAAUGGUACAAGACUGCGCAAACAUCAGAUGUUCCAACUACGCUUUCCAUCGUUAGUACGUCGAGUACUCCGCCAUGUACUAAUAAAGACCGUAGAGGUUCGAAAAGUAUGACAAAUCAUCCACAAAAUGACUCAACAAUAUUGUCAUAUGAUUCUAUAAACGUUGCAUAUGAAGAAAGUGAUAAUGACAGAGAACACGGUUUUCCAAGUAAUAAAAGUAACGAAAAUUCUAAUCAAAGAAAGCAAAAAAAGAAUUAUCCUUUAGGUCAUACGGACUCUAUGGAUAGUUCAAGUAGUAGAAGGAAUAGCAUUGAUUCCAAUUCUAAUGAUGAUGGGCCCGCACGUAAACGUUCAGCAUUGGAUGAUACGGAAAAUAUUAUACGUAACAUGGAAGGACAAAUCGAUAAUGAAAAUUCAGACGAUACUUAUCAUGAAAACGAAGGUUAUACACGUAAGCGUACAAGGACUGAUGAGACUGAAGAUGUACCCCAUUCUCAAGGGACAUCUAAUGAUAGUUGCAUUACAUCGGGAGACACCAGAAAAGCAUCCGAUCCGUUAUACAUGAAUGAAACUCAAACAGAAACUCACAUGGAAUUUGAAAAUGGCCUUGAACCAAAUUCGGCAGAUAUCAUGAAUGCUUAUGAGCCAACACCACCCGAGUCUAUUGAUGAGAUAAACAUUCCAGAGCGAAUAACGCUUGAGUCUGAAGCCGGCGUUAAUGUUUCUGAACAAUCGAGACGCGAACCAGCGGGAUCAAGAGCAUCACCAAAAAAGCAAUCUACAUUGCCAAAGCAAGGAUCAGGUGUUAGAACUAUCGUAAUUGGGCAACCUACUGUUGAUGUUCUUAGAUCAGAUGACGCGAGUAAUGUGUCUACAAAUGACGACGUUAAUAGAUGUCAAGAAACAUCCAAGCGUAAAGCGACCCAAGAUGCUCGUAAAGCAUUAGGACUUACUGAUACAUUAAAUCAUGAAUUGAGAUUGGCAUUUGUCAAGCAAAGUAUUUGUCGCAAGAAAAAUUCUUUAGAGUCUUCUGUUAAGUUUACAGACGGUUUGUCUUCAAUAACUUGUCUAAAUAAAAUGGAUUGCGGUCUAUGGACUCUGUCAAGAAAAUUAAAUGAUAACAUUGUAAAUCUAUUGAUCGUACACGGGGAAAGGAUACGUGAAUUGGUUACUUUACAAACAUUGGUAACUUCAACGGAGCUACUCCCAACGAGAAAAUUAACAACACCUAUCGAUAUGGAAUUAGAGCUUCUUGGAUCCGAUCGCAUAAUAUCGUACUUAAAAUCACUUUCAUAUGACCAAAUACCGGAUGAAAAUGGUGCCGGUGUUUGGUGGAACAUGAUCAAUCAAAAAUGUGUUACUGCCAAUGGAGUGAAAAUACGGUGGAGAGAAGAUUCUGUAGAUUAUUUUUCAAACUUGAUGCAACAUCUCGCUACCAAUAGUAGUGAAUCAAAAGAUGUUUCACUAGCAUCUACGAGAUCAGGGCAGACCAUGAAGAUCCUUGCGGGCGAAGCGAAACAAUUAGUUAAGCAAGAAGAUGCAAAGAUUGCGAAACGGGAUGAUGAAAUGCGAAGUCGGAUCGAAGAAUCUACUAUAUUCUUAUUACGAAAAAUGCCAAACUUUGGAAAUGGGAUAUCAUAUAUCGAUUAUAAUGAUCAUGAACCGCCCCUUGUGAUGGUUGAAAGAAAGAGUGAUGAUGAAGUUUGGUAUAAUGAUCAAAUGGUUGUUAAGCUAUUGUGGCGGUAUAAUGCAGAAUCGGAUGAAAUAACUCGUGAGAUAUAG